GCUUGUUAAGAUGACUAUGGCUAUUUAGGUUGAAGAACAACUGUGACAAAAAAAACAGACUGUUUACAUCAUUACCCAGCACUCCAUGGCUAACCUAACUGCCUUUCAACCUCUUCUUUUUUCCUUUCAAAUUCUCAACUCUCGCGUUCAUAUUCUCUGCUCAUCUUAUUCUCACCCAUUUCUAUCCUUUCUUUUUCUCUUUCUCCAUCUCCAUCUCCAUCUUCCUUUUCCAUCAAUAUGGGUUGUUCGGGUUCAAAAUUCGGCUCUGAAGCAGAAUCUGUGCCCGCCAAGCUGAGGCCGCUUCUGCUUCUAAGGUUUGAGGAGAUGAGAAGAUGGAGGCAUGGAGUUUCUUUGAAAGACAACGACUCAGCCACCCUUUCCAAGAAAGAGCUGCUCAAAGAUGAUUUAAUUUCUGACAGCGAUAAUUCCUCUCAUCCUCGUGAUUUUGAUCAUAAGAGCAUUUCUUCGCAAGAGGAUCAUAGUCUCAAGAUAGCACCUGCCCCGGAGUCUGAUGAAACUGCUCCUAAGAAUAAGAUUGACCCUAAUAAGGUUGCAAAAACGGCGCCAUUGCUGCUGAUGUCACCAUAUAAAGAUGUGAAUCACAAGGCCGUGGAAGCACCUUUGCCAGCAGGGUCUCCAAGGGUGUCUGACAAAACAAGGAAAGAGAAAAAUAUCCAACAAGAUUGUAAAGAUGAAAAUAAAGAGAAGGAAGCCGAAGUCAAGGCGGUGGAGGCAAUGCCCGACGUCGAAGAGAUGGAAGCAACAGAAACAGCCGGAGAUGAGAACGGAGAAGAAGAGGAUGGAACGCUCAGCAGCUUGACCCAAAAAUGCGACGGUCCUGGAUCCCCAAGUUUCAGAGUUUAUUUUAUCGAAUCAUUAGACAAUAUCAAGGAAGAUGGCAUUGUUAAGGAUGAUGAUGGUGAUGAUGAUGAUGAGGGAUCGGAAAAAAAAUCAGAGUGCGAGGACAGUCCCGCCACCAUUGAAUUUACAAAUGCGGGUUCUGAGACCAAGACAAAGAACAAAGGAAAGAAAGGGAUCAGAUUAAGGAGGGUGAUACCCAAGGGAAGGUCAGGAGCUGUAAUGAAUCUGUUGAAUGUUAGAUCAUGCUAUACAGCCUGCACUCGCCACGAUAAUGCUAAUCUACUUGCGGAAAAAGCAGCCGCUUAAUUUUGUUUGAAUUUUUUUUUUUUUUUUGUCAUAAUCUUUUUCACUAGACCACGGUCCUGUUCCUUUGCAAAAAGAUGGUAAGUUUUAUGUAAUCAAGGGUUCUGUGUCUAUAAUCUGUAAUCAGUGAAUGGAAUACUACCAUGUUUCCCAUGUAAUUAGUGACGAUGAUAUGCAAAGUAUUCCUGUUCUUAA